GGAAGGGAUCAGAGCCCUCUGCCUCCACUCAUUAUAGUCCUGCUGUCCGUAGAACGUGGAAGAUUCUCGCUGCAUUCUAUCUGCCCAUGCAGAGGUGGCUGUCCCUCCUGGUAGCCCCUAAUUCGCGCUGAGUCCUCCAGGAGAUAAAGCAGCACUUGUCAUGAUUUAUGAAUGAAUGUGACUGCUUGAUUGUGCAGGAGCUGCAAGGGGAUACUACAGCUAAGCGUGGCUUCACAGCACAACAGCAAGAGGAGAGGAUCAAUUGUAUCAUCCUGCAGGGAGUGAGCCAGAGGGAGAGCGGACAGGAGCGAGGAGAGAGGGAGGAGGAGGGCUGCUAUCUGAUCACUGCAGCAGCGAGCUCUACAUAGCAGGACAGCUGGGUGCACCUGACAAUAUCCGCAUGACUAUUGGAAAGAUGACAUGGCAGCCUCAAUAUCGAAGCUCCAAGUAUCGUCACGUCUUUGGUAAACCUGCAAACAAGGAGAGCUGCUAUGAUUGCGUGCCUAUCACAAGAAGUGUACAUGACAACCAUUUCUGUUCUGUAAACCCAAUCUUCAUUGCUGUAGUGACGGAAUGUGCUGGAGGCGGAGCUUUUAUCGUCAUACCUUUACAACAGUCAGGAAAACUUGACCCUCAUUACCCAAAAGUUUGUGGUCACAGAGGAAAUGUGCUGGAUAUUAAGUGGAAUCCGUUUGAUGAUUAUGUAAUAGCAUCUUGUUCAGAAGAUGCGUCGGUGAAAAUUUGGGAUAUUCCAAAGCCUUGCGUAACUAAAAACAUAACAACUGCAAAGAAGGAGUUGCUGGGUCACAGCAGACGUGUUGGACUUCUAGAAUGGCACCCGACAGCUAGCAAUAUUCUUUUCAGUACAGCGUAUGAUUACAAGAUAAUGAUAUGGAAUCUUGACACAGAGGAGUCUAUAAUAUGCAGCCCAGUGAGGACUAUUGACUGUCAUAAAGAUGUGAUCCUCUCCAUGUCAUUUAACACAGACGGAAGUCUUCUUGCUACAUCUUGCAAAGACAGAAAAAUUAGGGUCCUCGAUGCUCGCCAAGGAAAUAUUCUACAGGAGUCCAAUUGCAAGGCCCACAAAGUCAACAAAGUUUUGUUUCUGGGAAACAUGCAGAAGCUGCUAUCUACAGGGACUUCCAGAUGGAACAGUAGAGAAAUGGCCCUGUGGGAUCAAGAUAAUCUAUCUGUGCCUUUACAUCAGGAGGAUUUGGAUGGAUCCUCAGGAUUACUCUUUCCCUUUUUUGACAAUGACACGGACAUGUUAUAUAUCGUUGGAAAAGGUGAUGGAAAUAUCAGAUAUUAUGAAGUUAGCCCUCAGAAGCCACAUUUUCACUAUUUGAAUGAAUAUCGAUCCUAUCUGCCUCAAAAAGGAAUUGGUGUUCUUCCAAAGAGGGGUGUGGAUGUGUCUUCCUGUGAAAUCUUCAGAUUCUACAAGUUAGUUGCAAUAAAAGGUCUGAUUGAGCCCGUGUCCAUGAUUGUCCCUAGACGGUCAGAAUCGUACCAGGACGACAUCUACCCAAUGACAGCUGGAUCGAAGCCAUCCCUCACUGCACAUGAAUGGCUAAGCGGAAUUAAUAGAGGUCCCAUUGUGGUGUCGCUACGGCCAGGAUCGAAAUCCUUAUCCUCCCAAGUGGAAUUUACUAAGGAAGAACCAAAGCUUUCUGCUAAAGAAACACGGCAUGAAGAAAGGCCUGCUGGAAAGACACUGUAUGAGAUUGAAUACAAAACAGAGAUCAUAAGAGAAGACAGAGGAAAGAGGAGAACAGGAAGGAUGCAGGAAAAUAGAAAUUCUUUAAUAUCCAAUGGUUUUGACUUAUUUGAGUGUCCACCACCCAAGACUGAAAAUGAGUUGUUGCAGAUGUUCUACAAACAGCAGGAAGAAAUCCGCAGAUUGCGGGAACAAAUAAGCCAAAGAGAUGUUCAAAUCCGUCAACUUGAAUUGGAAAUCAAGAAUGUGCGCAACAAUGCAGGCAGCUAUUGACUAUACGCUACCUACAGCCACCUGAAUGUAUCAUGCAAGAAAAGCCUCCAGACAGAUAUUAUGUCUAUUUUAUUUUUAUGGAUAAAAAAAAAUUACCUUCAUGAAUGUAGCAAUGCUACAUGGUGCACAUAAUAUUUAUCAUCUUUAAUUAUCUGUGUUUUUAAAUUAAUUGUAUUUUUUUUAUUAUUAUUAUUGUAAUCAUUGCUUAUUAACCCUCAGGGGUCUAGUUUAGAAACUAUGGCAUUUUAGAAAAAAAAAUACAAAAAAAAAAAUCUUAACGCUCGUUACUUGCCUUAAAUGAGCCAAAAUAUAAAUAUUCAAAGCAAUUCUGACCUUCAGGAAUUCAGUAGGCCAUAUAAUGGCUACACUAUAGAGUGUCAGCACAUUGCAAAAAUGACUGUAUUUACAGUAAAACGUUUUGCACAGAAGAAGGGAAAAAUGUUUUUAAAUUUGGAAAAGAUGCUCCUUUUCUGGUUGUCCUGCACUCAGUCUUUGUACUACUCUUCAGGUUAGGGCUGUUCAAAAAGAAAGAAAUCUUUAGAUGCACCUAUAAACCGUUGUUCUAAAAUGUUGCAUCCUAUUUAUUUGACAUUUAAGUUUCUGUCUAGAUAAUAAUCUAGGUGUUUUACACUGCAACAUUUUCAUUCUAUGCGGUCUGAUCACUUCUAUAGUGUAUAUCUUAUUGUGUGAAUGGUCUAUACCUAUGCAUAAAAGAAUGAUUACCAUCGGCAGAUACCUCUGUAUCUUCGUCUCUACUUGUUUAGCACUAUAUUAAUGACUUACUGACUUAAUUAAUAGUGGUACUUGCAGUACAUCACAACAUAAUAUUUUAAGUAAUUGAAAUUUUGUUUAAUUAGCACCUUCUAAAACGAACUAUAAAUUAAAUAAAAAUAGGUAUAUACAAAAGGUAAUGUUUCACUGUUUGAUAAAAUUAUUACUCAAUGGUGUUUACGGUAAUCAAUUGGAACACAUGUUCCUCUCCCCCCCCCUUUAGGUAGUUGAAAAAUCUGUAUUGCUUACUUUAGAUUCUAAUACAUAAAUCGGCAAUUGUUGGGUUU